ACAGGCAUGGUGGUAUGUAUCAGUCUGUGUUGGUGGGAGAGGCAUGGUUGUAUGUAUCAGUCUGUGUUGGUGGGGACAGGCAUGGUGGUAUGUAUCAGUCUGUGUUGGUGGGGACAGGCAUGGUGGUAUGUAUCAGUCUGUGUUGGUGGGAGAGGCAUGGUUGUAUGUAUCAGUCUGUGUUGGUGGGAGAGAGAGAGAGAACCUUGUCUACUGUCCACUACUCUCACUGUGUGACACAUUGAGAGUAGUGGACAGUAGAUAAGGUUCAACGUUGGUUAAUGUGCACGGUCCCUGUAAACAUAAAAAUGAACUCUGGUUGCGGAUGAGUUAUAGCACGUUUGGUGGUGGACAGAAUCCCUCAAAGGGCCGAAUCCUUAGAUUGAGAUUUAAAGACUGGUCAAAUAUGUCCUAUUCCAAAACACACGCAGACAUUUGUAUGGUGAGACGAUUGCUCGCCAAGCACUGGGAGAUUGACGUCUGUGGUCAUAAAGACAGCGAGCCGAGGAGCGGGCAGGCUGGGAUACUGGUGCUGUCUGUCUGAGAAAACGAAAGGCAGGCUGGGAUACUGGUGCUGUCUGUCUGAGGAAACCAAAGGCAGGCUGGGAUACUGGCGCUGUCUGUCUGAGAAAACGAAAGGCAGGCUGGGAUACUGGUGCUGUCUGUCUGAGAAAACCAAAGGCAGGCUGGGAUACUGGUGCUGUCUGUCUGAGGAAACCAAAGGCAGGCUGGGAUACUGGAGCUGUAUGUCUGAGAAAACCAAAGGCAGGCUGGGAUACAGGAGCUGUCUGUCUGUCUGAGGAAACCAAAGUCAGGCUGGGAUACUGGAGCUGUCUGUCUGUCUGAGGAAACCAAAGUCAGGCUGGGAUACUGGUGCUGUCUGUCUGUCUGAGGAAACCAAAGGCAGGCUGGGAUACUGGAGCUGUCUGUCUGUCUGAGGAAACAAAAGGCAGGCUGGGAUACUGGAGCUGUCUGUCUGAGAAAACCAAAUGCAGGCUGGGAUACUGGUGCUGUCUGUCUGUCUGAGGAAACCAAAGGCAGGCUGGGAUACUGGAGCUGUCUGUCUGUCUGAGGAAACCAAAGUCAGGCUGGGAUACUGGAGCUGUCUGUCUGUCUGAGGAAACCAAAGUCAGGCUGGGAUACUGGAGCUGUCUGUCUGAGGAAACCAAAGGCAGGUUGAGAUACUGGUGCUGUCUGUCUGAGAAAACCAAAGGCAGGCUGGGAUACUGGUGCUGUCUGUCUGUCUGAGGAAACCAAAGUCAGGCUGGGAUACUGGAGCUGUCUGUCUGAGAAAACCAAAUGCAGGCUGGGAUACUGGUGCUGUCUGUCUGAGAAAACCAAAUGCAGGCUGGGAUAAUGGUGCUGUCUGUCUGAGGAAACCAAAGGCAGGCUGGGAUACUGGAGCUGUAUGUCUGAGAAAACCAAAGGCAGGCUGGGAUACUGGAGCUGUCUGUCUGUCUGAGGAAACCAAAGUCAGGCUGGGAUACUGGAGCUGUCUGUCUGUCUGUCUGAGGAAACCAAAGUCAGGCUGGGAUACUGGAGCUGUCUGUCUGUCUGAGGAAACCAAAGUCAGGCUGGGAUACUGGUGCUGUCUGUCUGUCUGAGGAAACCAAAGGCAGGCUGGGAUACUGGAGCUGUCUGUCUGUCUGAGGAAACCAAAGGCAGGCUGGGAGACUGGAGCUGUCUGUCUGAGAAAACCAAAUGCAGGCUGGGAUACUGGUGCUGUCUGUCUGUCUGAGGAAACCAAAGGCAGGCUGGGAUACUGGAGCUGUCUGUCUGUCUGAGGAAACCAAAGUCAGGCUGGGAUACUGGAGCUGUCUGUCUGUCUGAGGAAACCAAAGUCAGGCUGGGAUACUGGAGCUGUCUGUCUGAGGAAACCAAAGGCAGGUUGGGAUACUGGUGCUGUCUGUCUGAGAAAACCAAAGGCAGGCUGGGAUACUGGUGCUGUCUGUCUGUCUGAGGAAACCAAAGUCAGGCUGGGAUACUGGAGCUGUCUGUCUGUCUGAGGAAACCAAAGUCAGGCUGGGAUACUGGAGCUGUCUGUCUGUGGAAGGAGGAGGGGGAUAUGAACUAAAAAAACAAACCCAGAUGAAGCGCCGGAAUGAAUGAGAAAUAAAACCCUGGAGUAACAACAAAAUAAUGCGGUGCGACUCGAGUUUCGCCAUCAGCUGGAAGACGGAACAGUGUCGGCGGAGAAAAGGGAGUUCGGAGGGAUGUUGAGAGGCGACCCUCAGUCUGCUGCUCUCUCCCGCUGCUGAGACUGACCCUCAGUCUGCUGCUCUCUCCCGCUGCUGAGACUGACCCUCAGUCUGCUGCUCUCUCCCACUGCUGAGACUGACCCUCAGUCUGCUGCUCUCUCCCGCUGCUGAGACUGACCCUCAGUCUGCUGCUCUCUCCCACUGCUGAGACUGACCCUCAGUCUGCUGCUCUCUCCCGCUGCUGAGACUGACCAUCAGAUGCAGGCUCCAUCAGCCCAGUAAAAUACAAAUAAAAACCAAAUGAUUUAAAUGUAAUACAACAACUGAUCUAUUACCGGUGUGAUCAUAUACUGUAGCUUACUUCACAUUUUUCAAUAUACAGUACCAGUCAAAAGUUUGGACACACCUACUCAUUCAAGGAGUUUUCAUUAUUUUUACUAUUUUCUACAUUGUAGAAUAAUAAAAAUGCUCCGAACAACGAUGCAUUGGCAGGGCAAUGGAAGCACAACCAAUAUUCUGUUAUUGUAUAUUGGGCCUAUAGACUUCUGCACAAACCUUAUUGCUACAGUCGUGUUUUUAAUAGGUUAAUGUUGCAUAGGCUUGUGUUGUUUAUGUAAGUCAUGUAAAAAAGAAACCUGAGCGGUAGAUCUAGGCUUGCAUUUUGACUCAGAAUGGGAUCUUGACUCAGAAAAGGUUGGUGUCCACUGCUAUAGGCCUAUCUGGUUGACAUUCAUGCUAAGCUAGGCUAAAUGCAGUAGUAUUUAUUGUGCUGCUACCUAUCAUUGCUGAUUGUGUCAACUGGAGAAUGUUGGCUAUACACCGAUGCAGGAAGGAGUAUUAUUUCUUUGUAGAGGUACAGAGGAGUAGUACAUUCUAGACUUAUUCUAGACACAUAUCAGAGUCAAUUUUGGAGGGGAUUUUUCUUGGAGUGAGAACAAAUGACUGAGUGCUGUUGUUUGUUGGGAUGGAGAGGUAGAGCCAGGCUGUGCUUUACUUUCCUAUAGAGCAGGGAUCAUCAACACCAUUCAGGCAGAUUUUUUUUGGAGCGGAUGGUCAGGGGCCCGGAACAUAAUGAAACAUAAUUUGUAGAUUGCAAAAAAAAAGUUAUGAAACCCUAAUAUAGAGUGAGGAGUCACAUCUCACAGAGUUUGAGUGGCGUCUCUUUUGUCAACAAAGACCUGUCAGCCAGACCCAGAGCCACGGCCCAGACACGCUCAAAUGAUCUAUCUCUCUCCCUCUAUCUAAAACUAUGCAAGUCAACCACCCCUUACCUUUCUGCAGUCAGCAUAGCAGAUAUGGAGAACCUCAGUUGAGUUGUGACUAGUUUUCGGGGCUCCUCAAUAUGCCCUUCAAUUAUAAGCAACACUGCUCUGACUGCAGUGUCUACUAACCCUCCCAGGGUUAGCUUUCAACAGAUGUACUAGUAGAGGACAGUGUUGGCCAGAGUCCUGAACUUCAGUAAAAUAACUUUAACACUACUGUGAGUGGGCCUGACUGACUCCAGCAUCUAAACUGCCCAUUACUUAUGUUGAGCAUCACAGCCUGCACAAUCUAGCUUUAGCGUUAGCUCAGGCUUCACUUCAGCGGCUAAACUGCCUAUUAGUCGAUGGUUAGCGAGAGAGAAAGUGAGAGAGUGUGUCGGAAGGACAGCGUGGUGAGCGAUGAUAGGAGAGCAGUACUCCUCCUUAUCUGUUAGAGGCUGAGCCGCCUGUUCCAGGCCCGUUGGAGAUCAAGGAGUUGUGUAAUCGGACUUCAUUGUUGCUUCACUGACUCUUAUUGUUUUGCCUUUGAAGAAUAACAAUCUUUAUGCCUCUGUGAGUAGAAAUACACAUCAUAACACACUUCAAUUUGACAUUUGUGAUUUAUUUAUACCUUUAAAAAACAAUAAACCUGAUGUCAAUCUUCAAACUGAAGUCUAUGAUUUUCAGUCAGCUUGGUGUUUUCUGUUUUUUUUCUGUGUGCUGACAGGGAUGAUAAGAGGGUAAUUCAGGCAGACAGAAGGGGGGGAGAACCGCUCUCCUGCAUUCUUUUAGCUCACAUUGUAAUUGCUUCAGUGAAGUCCCAAAUUGGAAUGGAUUUAUAAUCACCUGUGAUUCCAAACUCGGAAUAAGUUUCCUUUUGAAUUGUGAACACACACAGAGGCAUUCUAACGAACCCCACAGAGUGAGCUAAUGAAUUCAAGAGCUCAGGAGUAAUAAACAAAUUCCAACCGGUAUCAAGGUAAUCACGUCCAGCUGGGCUCCAUGGAGCUCAAGAGGCAAGGCAGACCUUCCUCAUCCUCUUUUCCUCUGCACUAAAUGGCUAUUUCUGUGCCUCUCAACAGUUUUCCACCUUCUCUCGGAUCGCUCAGCUCAAGAGAGAUGAUAAUGACGUCUUACAGUACACAAUUCAAGCAUACACACACUCCGUCAUGCCCUCAAUUAUUCAUUCAAAUGCAUGUGCUCGCACACGCACACACUUUAUGGGCCUCAGAGGCAGUUGAGUCUGAAAGGAGGAAAAGAGGAGAGGGAGAAUGAGUGAAAGUUUACUGCGCUGAUGUCAUGUUUAAAGUCUGUCUAAUGCUUAUUGGCCUGAACCUCAUGGGAAGACCAAUGCUAUUUUAUUGGUGUGUACAGCUACCCCCCUGGGAUUACCAUACCAUGAUCCCAACAGCACUCCACACCCCUAAGCUACCGUAAUGAGAGCUAAACAUUAGUCCCACCUCAAUAACCUAACCACCCUUUCAAUCAGAGGGGGGGGAUUGUGGCAACGGGGCUGAGUCUGGGUUCUACUUCUCCUGACACAAUCUCAGAUAUAGACAGCCUUCUUCAUUGUAUUGGAUUUCCAGCCCACCGCCUGCCGUUCCUCAAAGUGGGCUUUAUCGUUUGCCAUCUUUUUCAUUUGGUGAGCAAUUCUUCCCGAGGAAAAUGGAGGAGGAGGAGGAUAAGGGGGGCGGCUUGGUGGUGCCUUCCAACCGAUUGGUUGUUUCUUUUAACCCUUUCAUUUAUGCUGUGUCUCAAGUAACAAAGCACUCAGUUUCUCAGUCAAAUCUUUUUUCAGCUCUCCAUUACCACAAUCCAGUCCUGAAAGGUAAUGGCAGCUUGUUGAAUUCGGUUCGAAAGUAUAGUGAUUACCAGGUGUUUGCCUCAGAAAGCCACUAUAGUUACAACACGGCUCGAUGAAAUGACUAAGCGCCACAUAAGGUGAGCAUCCAUGAGCGAGUGAUCGUGACUCUGGCUUUAACAAUAGGCCUUAGACUAAACUGCCUGCUUCUGGAGAGGGUCAAAACGGUAGCUUACUCUCACGUCUUUACAAUUGAAAUGAUUUCAAUUAUUUGGAUUUAUCAUUUCCUGAUCUGUUUUUACUAUUACUGAUUACAGAGAACGAUGAUGUUGUUAAAAAUAAUAUAAUACUAAUGAAGCAGGGGGAAAAUGGUGUGAAUAGUUUAAACAGAGCAACUUCAAACCUGGAGGGAAAAUAAUGGAUGUCCUUCAGCGAGCUGCAGCACUUGAAAAAUAUAUCCCUCUCAAACAGAGACUUGAAUUCAUUAGGAAGUUAAUCUGUUUCUGUGAUUUCAGUUUGUGCGUGAGAAAGCAAUUGUGUGUAUGUGUGGGUCUGUAUGUGUGUGAAUGUCAAUAUGAGUGUGUCAUUUGGUGUGUGUGUGUGUCUGUGUCAAUAUGGGUGUGCAUUUUGGUGUGUUUGUAUGUGUGAGGAGGACAGACAGGCUGCUCUUCCUAGUGUCCAUAAUCAUCUCCUCUUCAUGUUAAACUGUGUGAUAUUGACGAAACGCAGGCAGAGGUUUGAUCAAUUAGCACGGCGAAAUGAACCUCAACAUAAUAAGAGGUAUUAGAGGGGGAGACGGGAGCUGAAAGGAAAAGCAAUGACUGACUGCAGGCAGCGCCACAUAGUUUUGACUGAAGACAAACUUUAGAGGAAGAAAUGCUUCUCAAAGUGCUUUAUGCUUCUCUGGCAGCAUUAUCUGGCUCAAACAAAACUGUCUCCUCCACUCCCCUUUCCAUCCCUCUCUUUCAUUACCUGUCCCCCCUCUUUUCCAUGAUAUUUUUCUCCUUUGUCCUCCACUCCUUAUCCCUCUGUACCCACCUCUGUGUACUCCCUCUCUGCCUCUCUGUCUCCCUAACUCCCCUGGCUAUUAGACCCUGAUGGGAUGUUUGAAACACAGGGCACACUCUCCCAGUCUGAGCGCCAGCAACGGGAACACCUCCAGGACCAUGGACAGAAUCCACGAUUAAACAGUAAGACUGGGUUUGCGUCUUUAUCUGAACCUUCAAUCCAGAGUUAAAAAACAAACAUGUCCCCAAAAAAAUCAAUCUAUGAAACACCAGGAAGAAAAACUACUACUAUGUCUCUAUCCCAUUCUGUCUCUCUUCUGUUAGUCUAUUCUAUCCUAUUCUCUGUCUCUCUCCUGUUUGUCUGUCUCUAUCCCCUUCUCUGUCUCUCACCUGUUAGUCUGUUUCUAUCCCAUUCUCUGUCUCUCUCCUGUUUGUCUGUUUCUAUCCCCUUCUCUGUCUCUCUCCUGUUUGUCUGUUUCUAUCCUAUUCUCUGUCUCUCUCCUGUUAGUCUGUCUCUAUCCCAUUCUGUCUCCCUCCUGUUUGUCUGUCUCUAUCCUAUUCUCUGUCUCUCUUUCUUCUCUCCUGUCUUUGAUAGAGACACAAGAGCCUGGCCUCUCACUUUCUUCUCUCCUGUCUUUGAUAGAGACACAACAGCCUGGCCUUGACAGCUAAUAGCUCACCUGAUAGAGACAAGGAUGAACAACCCAUUAUCACGCUCUCUUAUGCACGCUGCUCGCUUGUCAGAAAUACAAUACUUCUUUACCUCAUGCCUUCUUCAUCGCUGAAACCCCUGUCUGAGUUCCUUCCAAACCACAGUUCAGACCUUUCAGUCAGCCAGUGGGCUGGUUUCCCUCUAUUUCCAUUUUGGGACGGUUUGAUUUGAUCAAGGCUACUACCGCAGCAACAUUUUUAUGUGUGGAUCUGGAACUAAUAGCUCAUUCCACGGGCUGGGCAGCAAUGCCAGCUAUGGGUUGUGUGUUACGGAGUGGGACUAAAUACAGAAAUAAGAAAUCAAUACCCUCUCGCUUUUUUCUUUUUCCGUGGUUCUCAGCGGGGACCAGGAUGUGGACAUGGUAUAAUUGUUCCUGACAGGCAGAUAAAAUGGUGGAAUGGAAACUGUUGGUUGAAAGAGGAGGAAGAGAGAGAAGGGUUCAUAGAGGGCUGAGAGAGAGAUCAAUGCCAUGUCAUGGUUAGUGGGUGGUUAGUGUUUAUUACUGGAUGUUAAUGGCAAGUUAGUGGAUGCAGUUGAAAUGUGGGAUUACAACAUUUGAAAUUACACAACUAUAAAAAAAAAUACAUUCAAUUAAAUCACAACACGAAAAUACAAGAUUCCAAUAAGCCCUGAAUGAAACAUGGAAACAUUCACCAGAAGACAUGAAAUCAGUUAAAAGUCAAGAUUUUCUCUCACCUCUCCCCACACUGUGUCAGCGUCUCUCCAUAGUGAUGCAAUAUUCAUCUGUUAUUAAAUAGAGGUCAGGGUGGUUUCUCCCUGGGGUUGGACUGACUCUGGUAAAGCUAGGAGAGAGCAAACACCCCAUACGACCCCAUAGGACCCCAUACAACCCCUUCACUCUGCUACUGCUUAAUAUUACAUACCACACCUUCACUCUGCUUGUAACGCUCGUUGUUAGGUGGAAGAUAGGAGGACCAAAGCGCAGCGUGGUAUGUUUCCAUAUUUAUUGGAAACACUUAACAACACAAACAAAACAAAAAACAGAAAAUGAAACUAACGACGCUACAGACCUGAACAUGUGAACAUACAGACAACGAAGAACGCAAUGAACAGGAACAAUCACCCACAAACAAACAGUGAGAACAGCCGACCUAAAUAUGGUUCCCAAUCAGAGGAAACGUAAAACACCUGCCCCUGAUUGAGAACCAUAUAAGGCUAGUUGACAACCCUAAACCAAACAUAGAAACACAUAACAUAGAAUGCCCACCCAGCUCACGUCCUGACCAACUAAACAAAGACUGAAUAAAGGAAAUAAGGUCAGGAACAUGACACUGCUACUGCUUCCUAUUACAAACAACCCCUUCACUCUGCUACUACUAAAUAUUAUAUACCACACCUUCACUCUGCUACUGCUUAAUAUUACAUUCAAACCCUUCACACUGCUACUGCUUAAUAUUACAUUCAACCCCUUCCCUCUGCUACUGCUUCCUAUUACAAAAAAAACCUUCACUCUGCUGCUGCUUAAUAUUACAUUCAACCCUUUCACUCAGCUAGUGCUUAAAAUUGCAUUCAACCCUUUCACUCAGCUACUGCUUAAUAUUGCAUACCAUACCUUCACUCUGCCACUGCUUAAUAUUAGAUUUAACCCCUUCCCUCUGCCACUGCUUGAUAUUACAUUCAACCCUUUCACUCUGCCACUGCUUAAUAUUACAUACCAUACCUUCACUCUGCCACUGCUUAAUAUUAGAUUUAACCCCUUCCCUCUGCCACUGCUUCCUAUUACAUUUAACCCCUUCCCUCUGCCACUGCUUAAUAUUAUAUACUACACCUUCACUCUGCCACUGCUUAAUAUUACAUACAACUCCUUCACUCUGCCACUGCUUAAUAUUACAUACCACACCUUCACUCUGCUACUGCUUCCUAUUACAUACAACCCCUUCACUCUGCUACUGAUUUAUAUUACAUACCACACCUUCACUCUGCUACUGCUUAAUAUUACAUACCACACUUUCACUCUGCUACUGCUUCCUAUUACAUACACCCCCUUCACUCUGCUACUGAUUUAUAUUACAUACUACACCUUCACUCUGCCACUGCUUAAUAUUAUAUACCACACCUUCACUCUGCCACUGCUUAAUAUUACAUACAACUCCUUCACUCUGCCACUGGUUAAUAUUACAUACCACACCUUCACUCUGCCACUGCUUCCUAUUACAUACAACCCCUUCACUCUGCUACUGAUUAAUAUUACAUACAACUCCUUCACUCUGCUACUGCUUAAUAUUAAAUACCACACUUUCACUCUGCUACUGCUUCCUAUUACAUACAACCCCUUCACUCUGCUACUGAUUUAUAUUACAUACCACACCUUCACUCUGCUACUGCUUCCUAUUACAUACAACCCCUUCACUCUGCUACUGCUUAAUAUUACAUACCAUACCUUCACUCUGCCACUGCUUAAUAUUACAUUCAAACCCUUCACACUGCUACUGCUUAAUAUUACAUUCAACCCCUUCCCUCUGCUACUGCUUCCUAUUACAAAAAAAACCUUCACUCUGCUGCUGCUUAAUAUUACAUUCAACCCUUUCACUCAGCUAGUGCUUAAAAUUGCAUUCAACCCUUUCACUCAGCUACUGCUUAAUAUUGCAUACCAUACCUUCACUCUGCCACUGCUUAAUAUUAGAUUUAACCCCUUCCCUCUGCCACUGCUUGAUAUUACAUUCAACCCUUUCACUCUGCCACUGCUUAAUAUUACAUACCAUACCUUCACUCUGCCACUGCUUAAUAUUAGAUUUAACCCCUUCCCUCUGCCACUGCUUCCUAUUACAUUUAACCCCUUCCCUCUGCCACUGCUUAAUAUUAUAUACUACACCUUCACUCUGCCACUGCUUAAUAUUACAUACAACUCCUUCACUCUGCCACUGCUUAAUAUUACAUACCACACCUUCACUCUGCUACUGCUUCCUAUUACAUACAACCCCUUCACUCUGCUACUGAUUUAUAUUACAUACCACACCUUCACUCUGCUACUGCUUAAUAUUACAUACCACACUUUCACUCUGCUACUGCUUCCUAUUACAUACACCCCCUUCACUCUGCUACUGAUUUAUAUUACAUACUACACCUUCACUCUGCCACUGCUUAAUAUUAUAUACCACACCUUCACUCUGCCACUGCUUAAUAUUACAUACAACUCCUUCACUCUGCCACUGGUUAAUAUUACAUACCACACCUUCACUCUGCCACUGCUUCCUAUUACAUACAACCCCUUCACUCUGCUACUGAUUAAUAUUACAUACAACUCCUUCACUCUGCUACUGCUUAAUAUUAAAUACCACACUUUCACUCUGCUACUGCUUCCUAUUACAUACAACCCCUUCACUCUGCUACUGCUUAAUAUUACAUACCAUACCUUCACUCUGCCACUGCUUAAUAUUACAUACAACUCCUUCACUCUGCCACUGGUUAAUAUUACAUACCACACCUUCACUCUGCCACUGCUUCCUAUUACAUACAACCCCUUCACUCUGCUACUGAUUAAUAUUACAUACAACCCCUUCACUCUGCUACUGAUUUAUAUUACAUACCACACCUUCACUCUGCUACUGCUUCCUAUUACAUACAACCCCUUCACUCUGCUACUGCUUAAUAUUACAUACCAUACCUUCACUCUGCCACUGCUUAAUAUUACAUACAAACCCUUCACUCUGCUACUGCUUAAUAUUACAUACCACACCUUCACUCUGCUGCUGCUUAAUAAUACAUACCACACCUUCACUCUGCUACUGCUUAAUAUUACAAACAACCCCUUCACUCUGCUACUGAUUUAUAUUACAUACCAUACCUUCACUCUGCUACUGCUUAAUAUUACAAACAACCCCUUCCCUCUGCUACUGCUUAAUAUUACAAACAACCCCUUCCCUCUGCUACUGCUUAAUAUUACAAACAACUCCUUCACUCUGCUACUGCUUAAUAUUACAAACAACUCCUUCACUCAGCUACUGCUUAAUAUUACAAACAACUCCUUCACUCUGCUACUGCUUAAUAUUACAAACAACUCCUUCACUCAGUUACUGCUUAAUAUUACAUACCACACCUUCACUCUGCUACUGCUUAAUAUUACAAACAACCCCUUCACUCUGCUACUGCUUAAUAUUACAAACAACUCCUUCACUCUGCUACUGCUUAAUAUUACAAACAACCCCUUCACUCUGCUACUGCGGACAGGACAGUGGAGUGGGGGAAGUCGAGGGGGGAGGGGUUUCCUCUUUAUCAACACCAACUGGUGUUCUAACUCCAGCACGGUGGAACUGUCGACUCGCUGUCCAUUUGUCUUCGAAUACCUGAUGGUCAAAUGCCGACCCUUCUACCUCCGAGGGAGUUUUCAGCUGUUAUCGUGA